UUUUCUUUCCCCUCCCCCAUCCCCUGUGGCGGGAUUGAACCAUGGCGACCUCAUGGGUUGAACCCUGGAUGUUCGUAAUUCGUGUUCCGGCCACUGGUUCAUCCUCCGCAUGGAUUAACAUCGGUGGGUUCGAAAUUUUACGAUCUGCAGCCACUGAACCGGCGUAGGUUUGCCGAUUAUGUUGGACUCACACAAUGGAAUUGUUCCCAACGUAUUGUAUUGUAUGAAAUUUAGGGGAUCACUAGAUAAGUUCAUCGUUCGUACGCCAUUGAUAGGAUGUGCGGCCUUGUCCGUAAGCUUCCUUCCAAGCCUCGUAGUCUGCGUUGUUUGUCCAAAAAGCUGCUUGCUGCCGCCACAUGGGCUAAUCGUUGGAGGGUCAACACGAAGAGAGCAUGGUCCAGCCCUUAUUCCAACAGACUAAGCCGACACACUAGGAACUGUACGAGUCAGCUACUAGUAGUAGUAGGGAGACGACGGUCCACCGGCGAGUAGUGCCCUUUUUGUUUCUCGCCCAUCAGGCUUCGGCUUUAAUGUAUUGUUUGGGAAUAGUACUAGUAGUGUAGGGUACCAGGCUGAAGCGCCCGAGCGAAUCAUACUGAUAUUUUGGCAUUUUCCUGUCAAUUGUGGCAGGGGCUCAAUCCCAAGGGGCCCACCGGCGUGCUAAUCGGCCAUGUGUGUGGUGCCAAGAAGCAGUUGGACGAAAUGUUGCGAUUUUUUGGCGCGGCCAGCCCUGCAUACGCGUCACGUGAAAGACGCGGGAUCAUGUGCUGAUCUAUUUCAAGUUUUAACUAACUAGUCAU